AUGUCCAUGGCAGAGUAUUUAGCCAAGAUCAAGAUGCUCACGGAUGAGAUCGCCUGCACCGGAGCCCCCAUGUCAAGAGGCGAGAUCGUCUCCCAAGUUCUGGCCAGCCCCGACCUCGACUACAACCCGGUCAUGUCGGCCCUUGCUGCGCGGGUUGAACCCGUGUCUGUCCAGGAGCUAUACACACAACUUCUCAGCUUCGACGCACGCCUCAAUCUUCUCUAUGGAAUGAAUGUGCACCAGUCUUCAGCCAAUGCUGCCUCGCGUGGCCGCGGUGCUGGCCGUGGGCGCGAUCACCAGGGGAGGAACCGCCGCAACAGCGGCAACGCUGGCGGCCGCGGCCGCGGCAACGGUUCAGGCGCGCGACCAGGCGGGAGCGGCUACACCAACAACAAUGCUCCUGCCCAAUCUGGAGGGGGCGGCUUCAACAACAAUCACGCCUCCUCCGGUUCUUCCUCCAACAACCGCGUUCGGUGCCAAUUAUGCAAGAAACCGGGCCACGAGGUUGAUGACCCACAAGUAUAG